AUGCCAAUCCUAGUCCAUUCGCGUGCCUCGUCCUUUCCCUUCCGUCGUCGACGCGCCUCGUCCCCUGCCCGUCGUGUCCCCCCCACCGCUGAGCUACUAAACACUCCGGCUGGCCAUCAUGCCCCAGCCGACUCCUCCCCCCAUACCAAAAAACCCUCGAGCGCUUCCCAUUCUGACUUGAACCAGCUCUACCGCCAACCGCUGCCUGCCGCGCAGCAGUCCUCCACUUCCCGUCUCCUGCGCCCCUUCCGCCGCCCGAGCACCCACUUCGAAAAGCUGCAGGCCAAGAUGUCCAGCGUCAGGUUGAGGUCAUCCAACUCGACCCCCAGAUUGCCGGAAGCCUCCAGUCACUCUGACUUGGCCUCAGCUCUCCCGCCUGCGCCCCACUCUCCCAUCCCACCUUACCAAAAGCUGCUGGCUGACAGCAGACGACCCUGGGAGACCAUCCAUGCCGAGGAGCGAAUGUCCACAUUCUCGGACACUUCGCUGCCUCCUCCCAUCGCCCCGUCACCCUCGCUCGUAUCGGUAUCUCUCGACCACCAUUCCGACGCUUCAUCACACCUCACCUUGGGCAGCGAACCCAGCUCGAACAAGCCCAGCCCUUGGAACUUACCCCCAGCCCUCGAUCUGGGCCUCUCGUUCAACUCGCCCAGCCUGUUCAGUGGCCUGCCCUACGGCCAAGAGUCUCCUUCAUCCGACUCGUUCCCCCCCGGCUCCUCGAACCACACCAGCGGUCCAGUCCUUGAUGGUAGCCUGCCAAGCACAUCCGAAUCGGCUAUCCCGCUGUCUGGUUCCUCGAAACACCCCGGAAUGACUUGUUCGCUGCCCCGCUCGCAGCAGCAGCCCUUUCGCCUGUCCGAAUCCAUCGACAGGUCGCCAAUGGUCAGCUCAUACGUCAACCGCACCUCUUCAAGCUUGACAUCCCGCGUUCGACCAACCCCUUCGCCGAGAACCAACGCUGGAUUCGGGGCAGACGAGUCUGAGGUUGAUUCCCCACCGCCAACCUUGCCAUCCAGUCUUCGAGACUCCACCCUAUCUACUCCUUUACGAGCCUUACCGCUCCUGAACUCCUACCACGUCACGUCGAAUCAGGUCAGACACUCCUCCGACUCCUCCGGCUCCAGCCUUGGCGAGCGCGGCUCUGCCGAGUUCGAUGUCGAAGUCGAGGACCAGGCAGGAUCUGAAUCUGAUGAUACUGAUGGCGCCUCUGACGACGGGGAACUUCCUCAGGCCACUCACGACUCGCCAGAACAGCUGGCUAUGCUCACACCCAAGGUUCCGACUCAAGCUGGUACUCAGUCGACUGGUGAGCUCACGACCGCGACUUGUCCACAUGAGUGGAUCUCUUUUGACACCGAUACACCGUCCGUGUCGCAAGUGAAGACGACCUCUGGUCUGCGCUCCCAGCAGCUCUCGGCAUCCACGAGCAGCCCUGCGUCCUGCUUCGAUCCCUCUAGUAACGUCAAAGCUGAAGCUGUUCAGUCGCCCGGCGAACGCGCCAGGCAUCUACUGCUUUCGUCUACUUCAUCAUCCGCGGCACCACCCCCGCCCCCAACGCGCCCGACACUCGCUUCCCAUUGGAGCCAGUCUGCGUCGCGUCUGCACAAGAUCACUGUCAGCCAGCACCCAACUGAAAACCCAAGCGUCAUCAUCAGCCCUUCUCUUACACCCGUCGCUAAGGGCAUGCGGCCCCUACAACUCACUCCUCCUGAAAAUGUUUUGCAGAACGCCAUUCUCCUGCCUGCUGGCGUUACCACGCUCCGCCAUCAUUCUAUGUACGAGAUCCGGCCUAUCCUCGUCCUGCCCUCCUAUGAGGCCUCACUGCAAAACGCAGGCAUCAGAAGAAACGUCGUCGUGCCUCGCGAAGAAGAGGGACAUGAAAAGCUGCCGCCGUACAGCUGUGCAAUCCAUCUCGAAGGCUGGAUGCCGCGCAAGAUGGAAUUCAAAGCGCCUGGUGUUCAGGCCAAGGAUCGGGCGUGGAAGCGACAGUACGUGGUUGUGCAUGGGACGAUGAUCCGUAUCUACCGGUCCGAUCCACAUACGCAUGCCGUCUCCGGCGCCGAAGAUCCCUACAGCUCCAACUUCGUCCACGGCAAAUCGAUCUCUCCGUUAUCCUCCAAGUGCGGGAUCAGCACGAAGACCGACCCCUCCUCGUCCUCUGCCCCGCCUCUGCAUUUCCAUCAAGGCCAAUACGACUCGGCGCCAGUGACGUCUCUGAAAGAAGCUGCCCUCGUCAAAGCCAGCCAGCUCCCGACCCACCACAACUACCUGCACCGGGUGUAUUCGCUGCAGAACGCCGAGUCGGGCCUGGCGGCGGACUAUGUGAAGAAGAAGUACAUCGUCCGGGUCCGCGCCGAGGGCGAGCAGUUCCUGCUCCAGGCCAAGGACGACCGCGGCGUGAUCGACUUGAUCGAGGCCUUGCAAGCGGCCACCAACGUCAGCCUGGACCUCGACCUGCGUGCAUUGCCCAAGUUCAUCACCCUCCCGCGCCGACGCAGGCGCCGUCGCAUCGUCCCCGGCGACGCGCCCGGCCCGGCUGCGGCUGCUCCUGGCGGCGCUGCCCGCAGGGUCGCUGGCCACGCCCUCGGCGCCGCCGUCGUCGAGGGCAUGGUCGCCGAGGCCGCCGCCCAUGGGCCUCCUCCCCACUGGGCCGACGACGAACACGGCGACCGGAUGUCGGACAUGCUCGCCGAAGAACAGGACGCGUACAUGCACGCCCGCAGUUAA